ACUUGCCAAACACGGCCUAAAAGGCCGAACAACAACGAGGAAGCCUUUCAUCAAUAAUGCUGCAACAGGUUGAGGUGUAAACUCGCUUUACUCCGACAUCGGUGAAAUCAACGACAUGUGUCUUCCUCGGAGUGCUGCGAAGCCCCUCCUUCGUCGGACAAGUAUCACACUGUUUUUGUUGUGCGCAUUUGUGAUGUUGUUUGCAUUCGUUGUUGGGCCUACUACUCGCUCUACUCUUAGCACCGUCUCUUCCACAACUACAGCAAUACCAUCUUCCCACUGUCUUCUCGCCGGAACCCAUCACAACAUCGCCGGAACCCAUCAAGGGAGUGCAUAUAAAAAAAAAUGGGAAAUGUUGUCUAAGAAUGUUCGAGGUUCAAUCCCAUACCUUUUUUUCCAGGACAGUGAGAAGUUUGAAUCUAAGAACAACACAGAAUGCUCACUUACAAAUAUGUUUAAAUUACUUGAUGCUGGCUUCUUCAAUUAUACAGAGAUGCUGGAGAUUAUAAAGGGUGUAAAAGAGUUCAAUCAACCGAUAAUCAAAUCCAAUCGGAAAUUAGUUGCUUCUACGAAUGGAGGGUUACACAAUCCAUCUUGUUUGGUUUUUAAUCCGCAUUGGGGCAAUGAUCAAGCACAAGAUUUGCGCAAGAAGUUAAAUAUUCCUUCUCUCUUCGGUGUACAAAGGCCUAAAAGUGAAGAAGACAUUGCUUUCAUGACUGUUCUUGAACUGGGUCAACUCAUUAAGACAAAACAAAUCACGUCCGAGGAGCUUACUGGGAUUUUCUUGAAGAGAUUAAAGAGAUACAAUCCUGUUCUUGAAGCUGUGGUCACUUAUACUGAAGAACUAGCAUAUAAACAGGCAAAAGAGGCCGAUGAACUACUUGCGAAAGGCGUAUACUUGGGUCCUCUCCAUGGAAUCCCAUAUGGGUUAAAAGAUAUAAUUGCAGUACCCCAUUACAAGACAACAUGGGGUUCAAGAAGUUUCAAAAAUCAAGUUCUAAACAUUGAAGCUUGGGUUUACAAGAGGCUGAAGUCUGCAGGGGCAGUUCUCGUGGCAAAACUUGUCACGGGAUCAUUGGCAUUUGAUGAUAUCUGGUUUGGGGGCAGAACAAGGAACCCGUGGAAUAUUGAGGAAUAUUCCACGGGUUCAUCUGCUGGGCCUGCUGCCUGCACCUCAGCAGGUAUGGUUCCGUUCGCAAUUGGUUCUGAAACAGCUGGUUCCAUCACCUACCCUGCUGCUCGUUGUGGUGUGACUGCACUGCGCCCAACUUUUGGUUCUGUUGGAAGAACCGGUGUCAUGAGCAUAUCUGAGAGCUUGGAUAAGCUCGGGCCUUUCUGUAGAAGUGCUGUGGAUUGCACAGUUGUUCUUGAUGCCAUUCGAGGGAAGGAUCCGGAUGAUCUGUCAUCGAGAAAUAUUUCCCUCGAUGAUCCGUUUUCGGUUGACAUUGCAAAGUUAACUGUUGGAUAUCUUGAUGAUGCUGAGAUGGAGGUUGUCCAUGUUCUUCGGUCCAAGGGUGUUAAUAUGGUUCCUUUCAAACUGAAUUACAGUGUUGACUCAGUUCAAGGUAUAAUGAAUUUCACAAUGGAUGUAGAUAUGUUGUCCCACUUCGAUGAGUGGCAGCGAUCUAGGCAGGAUGACAACUAUGACGCUCAAGAUCAAUGGCCUGUUGAACUUCGUCGUGCUCACAUGGUACCUGCAGUGGACUAUCUUCAGGCACAGAGAGCGCGAGGGAAAUUGAUAAGGGAAGUGAAAGAGAGCUUCACAGUUGAUGCAUUUGUUGGAAAUGCAACAGACUGGGAAAAAGUUUGCAUGGGAAAUCUAGUUGGGAUGCCAGUAAUAGUAGUUCCAACUGGUUUUAAAAUGAUAUCAGACCCACCUCCUUUAAACCAUACUCGCCGAAGAACUACCAUCACUACUGGCAUUUAUUCCCCUCCAGAGCAUGAUCACAUUGGUUUAGCUCUGGCGAUGGCAUAUCAAUCAGUGACCAAUCAUCAUAAACAGCGGCCACCAAUAGAUGAUCUAGAGCCAAAUGACUCAAUCCCCAAUCCCCCAAGGGCCACCAUCCCUCCCCGCCAAUUGCCUGGCUGAAUCCUUCAUUUCUCAUAUCUAGAUUUAUUAUUCGGAUAUUUAUUAAUAAAUCAUAUGUCACAAACAAGUAUUUUAAUUAGUUCUAAUUUUUUUUUAUUAAUAUGUUAAGUCAUAUUAGUGGAGAGUUUCUUUCUGUGUGAUCUUAUUUUUUUAUUUUGAUAGUAUUUUGAUGGACAUCUA